AGAUUUGCUUCCUCCUCAACAAGAUCUUGGUGUUGGUGAUGGUAAUUGGGCAGGAGCUCAGUACCGUUACAAUCCCUAUGGCGAACCUGUGUAUGGUCGUACAGACAGGCCUAAUUAUAUACCAGCACACCGUGUAGUGCAUUUUGACUUGAAAGGAGCACCACCAAAGAUGUCGGCUCUUUUACAGCUGAUCCCAUGGCUGGCUGGGCAAGGAGCUACUGCAGUCCUUCUAGAGUAUGAAGAUAUGUUCCCCUGGAAAGGUCGACUUGCUACGAUUGCAGCAAAGAACCAUUAUUCAAGAAAACAGAUUGCUAAUUUGGUCGCAGCUUGUCGCAAUCAUGGAUUAGAAGUGAUUCCACUUGUUCAGACUUUUGGCCAUCUGGAAUUUGCUCUGAAGCACGAAAAGUUUUCUCAUCUGCGAGAAGUUCCUGAGCUGCCCCAAGCCCUUUGUCCAUCACUCAAUGAAUCAAUGUGGUUGGUGCGAUCCAUGAUAGACCAGGUUAUGGCCCUGCAUUCUGGUGCUCGUUUCUUGCAUAUUGGCUGUGAUGAAGUGUUCCAGAUGGGAGAGUGUGAGAGAUGCCGACUUGUGUUACGAGAAACCUUAUUUUUGCAGCACACUGAAGCCGUUGCAAAAUAUGUCCGAAAUAAGUAUGGAGCUGUUCCUCUUGUUUGGGACGAUAUGUUACGCCAUGUUUCAGAGUCAGCUAUGCAGGAGGUGCACCUAGGAGAUCUUGUUGAACCAAUGGUUUGGGUCUAUGCUGAAGAUGUUUACAGGUUUGUCCAACCUUCAGUGUGGAGCAAAUAUGGUCAAAUUUUCCCUCGUGUUUGGGCAGCAUCAGCAUUUAAAGGUGCAUUUGGUGAACAGCUAACAGUACCAAAUGUAAGGAGACACUUGGAUAACAAUCUCAAUUGGCUUGAUGUAAUGGCCACUGAAGACCGAAAAUUCACGGGUGGUUUCCGUGGAAUAGUCCUGACUGGGUGGCAGCGAUAUGAUCAUUUUGCUGUACUCUGUGAAUUGCUUCCUGCUGCCUUGCCCUCACUGUCAGUGAAUCUGAUUGCAACCUCACAUGGAUUCUUCAAUGCUUCUGUUCAGGGACAACUGUAUCAGGCCCUAAACUGCAUGCAAACUCCAAAAUACCAGUCUUGGCUUAACCUUGAUGCUGACCCAUAUCUCUGGGACAAGUUUUCCUGGUGCUUCUUCCCUGGUGCACAGGUGUUCAAGGUUACAGCCCGUUUAGAUGCUACCAAACGUGAUGUUGAUGCCUAUAUUGAGCGAGUAACCAAGAGUCGUGGAUGGAUCACAGAUUACAAUCGACGUCACAACUUCUCCUCUCCAAUGCGAGUGGAUGAAGACCUGGAGGAACUCCCGGCAAGAGUCCAUGCCGUAACUCUCCUCAUGAAGACAGCUCGGGAAGCCUUAUCUGAGUGGUUUGAUGACUGGACAGUUGGUGAGUGGCUAGAGGAACGUGUAUGGCCCCUUCUGCACAGUCUCCACAAACUGCAACGUGAAGCAGAGAGCAUGAAAGCUGUGCGUUACUGGCCAGCCAGACCCCUGCCCCUCCUUCCAGAGCUUGCUGCCUAUGGAGUCUCUCAACCAAGCAGUAUUUCUGAUAAUGCACUGGAUACAGACACUGGAGGAGGAGGAACGUGAAUGCAUAGCAAGUUAGCAGCAUUCACAUGGCUAAGAGAGCCAUAUCCUUCAUAGUGGAGGACUAGGAUGUUCUUUGUUUGGUGGAAAUCAAGUUGUGAAAUUUACGUAUUUAUUUUACAUAUUAGGUGAAACAUGUCAUUAUAAGUAUUUUUAAAAGAAAGUGAAUCAGCAUAUUGAGAAUGUGUGUUCAUAGCUAAGUCAUAAUAUAGUAAUUCUUAUGGAAUGAAGAAAUGUGCUGUCACCCUUGUAGAUAAAUUAGUCAUCAUUCAGGAAAAGACUGUAAUAAUUUUGUUCAGAGAUAUGAUCAUUGCCCCUGUCACUCUAAUUGUCAGAAAAAAGAUGCAGUUACUUAGUCCUUUUUGAAUAAUACAGAACUUAAGUCUAACCUAUUUAAGGAAAAACAUUGGAUGGGUUUCUUACAAAGUUUCUUGCUUCACAUUGGUUUGAGUGCAUUCUGGAAAGUCUUUCACUAUGAUUUAUGGCUUUGGAUUACUUGUUAAUGAAAGAUUUAUCAGUUGAAAUUGCUUAAGAAGUAAUCUGGAGAGGAAUCUUUGUAAAAGCCGUUGAACCAAGUGCUGCCAGCUGAUCUGAAUUAUGAAGUCUUUGUGGAGGUUGCUUACCAAGAUCCGCCUUCAGUUUCUGACAAUUCUUACCAUAUUCUUCAGUUAGUUCCUACACCUUGACAGUACUUUGACUGAACAUGUUUAUAAGGGUAAUAGCUCUUAGAUAAAGUUCUAAUUGGGCAGUAUUGGGGACGGAUCCUGGGCUAAAGUAAAUGUUGUGCAGUAGAGCAUGUGGCCUCAGGUAGAAGUGUAGAGAAUCUUGGAAUGUAUAAGUUAAGUGAAGAGAACUGUAGCCUUAGAUAUUCUCACAAGAGGAUUUAAUUAUAUUUUUAUAAUGAAAGGUUGUAUAAUGCAUUGUAAUUUCAAUACUUAAUUAACUUACCCCUCUAGCCAUUGUUUCCAAGCGAGAGUUGAAUGUUGGAACAAUUCAGUGAACAUGUGAUUAAUACAAGGUAUAUGAACAGGCUAUAUACACACUUGGAUCAUGGUUAGAGCUGACUGAAUCUUUUGUGACCCAGGAUCUGUCCCUGAUUGUGUAGACAUUUGCUCAAAUGUGGCAAUCAUCCUUCAACUACCAGACGAAAUACAAUCGUCAUAGCAAUCAUUCCUGGUGUCAUUUUACAUGACAAAACCUUUUUUUUCCCUCAAUAGAUGAUUUUAUUUGACCCCAUGACCAUAGUGAACAAAAAAAGGAAUAAUGAUAAAGUUCUGAGUAACAUCCUUCCUAAUUAACUGGAUUUUCAUUUUAAUUUUUUUUCUUUUUGAGAGAGAGAAAGGAUGGUAUCAACAAAAUGACAUGUAAAUACCUCACAGAUGCAUUUGAUGACAGUUGAUUAUCCUGUAUCAGGAUGUAUGACUGGCUUUGAACUGAAUUAACGUAUCCCAUACUUCACAUGACUUUGUUGUAUUAGAAAAAGAAAAUAAUUUAUCCUGUGUUUACCCCUCGAAGACUUUUCUCAGUAUUUUAAACCAUUGAACAUCUUUCUUUGCUAACAUAUUUUUGCCGAGCUUUUCUGACUAAAAACUUUUUUUUUCUAGCUAUAACCACCAACAAUGAUAUAUUUAUGAAGAAGUUUGCUCUUACUGCAAGUUGUCAUUCUUUAUCACUGGCACUCCUUUCCCUUAUAUAAAAAGAGAUUUCCUGUUAUACUGCAACAAUAGGAUUUGUAGUUUCCAUUACCUUUACUCUAAUAAUCUUUAUAUCGAGAAAAAAAA